AUGGGAAGAAGACCGGCAAGGUGUUACCGUCAGAUCAAGGGUAAGCCGUACCCGAAAUCUCGGUACUGUCGUGGAGUGCCAGAUCCCAAAAUCAGGAUCUACGAUGUCGGCAUGAAGAAGAAAGGUGUUGACGAGUUCCCUUUCUGUGUCCAUUUGGUCUCGUGGGAGAAAGAAAACGUCUCGAGCGAAGCACUCGAAGCUGCUCGUAUCGCUUGCAACAAGUACAUGGUGAAAUCCGCCGGGAAAGAUGCGUUCCAUCUGAGGAUUAGGGUUCACCCGUUUCACGUUCUGAGGAUCAACAAGAUGCUUUCGUGUGCCGGAGCUGAUAGGCUUCAGACCGGUAUGAGAGGUGCUUUCGGGAAGGCGUUGGGUACUUGUGCUCGUGUUGCGAUUGGGCAGGUGCUUCUGUCUGUGAGGUGUAAGGAUAAUCAUGGUCACCAUGCUCAGGAGGCUCUUCGUCGUGCUAAGUUUAAGUUCCCUGGCCGUCAAAAGAUUAUCGUCAGCAGGAAAUGGGGAUUCACGAAGUUUAACAGAGCUGACUUCACGAAGUUGAGGGCAGAGAAGCGUGUUGUUCCUGAUGGUGUCAACGCUAAGUUCCUGUCAUGUCAUGGACCUUUGGCUAAACGUCAGCCGGGAAGUGCCUUUUUGCCAGCCACCUAUUGA